UUGAAAGAUCGUCAAUGGCUAAGGAGGUAGAGAGUUUAUGGAGAGAAGUGAGAGAAUUGAGCUUAGGAACUAAAAUCGAUCGACUUGAAUCUCCACCGUCUCCGGUGAAGUUUCUCCGUGACUACGUGUCUCAGAGCAAGCCUUGUGUAAUCUCCAACGCUAUUGUUCAUUGGCCGGCUUUAAAACACUGGUCGGAUCCGGACUACCUCGCCGGAGCUUUGUCGAAUGAUCUUGUUUCGUUACAUCUCACUCCUAACGGCUGCGCCGACGCCGUAACUCCGGUUCAGAGCAGUGGAGAUAGAGAUGAUCUCUGUUUCGCUUCGGCUCAUGUGGAGAAAGUUCUGUUCCCGGAAGCUCUUCGUGCUGUUCAAUCGUCGUGUAAGGGAAGAAAGGUUGGAUAUUUACAACAGCAGAAUGAUUGUUUCAGAACGGAGUAUUCGACUGUUGGUUUAGAUUGCGACGGCGAUAUAGCGUGGGCUACGGAGGCGUUUGGUUGUUCGCCGGAAGCUGUGAACCUUUGGGUUGGUACUGAUCACUCUGUGACUUCUUUCCACAAAGAUCAUUAUGAGAAUCUAUAUGCCGUUGUUUCAGGGGAGAAACAUUUCCUGCUCCUUCCUCCGACUGAUGUACACCGCCUCUAUAUAGAACAGUAUCCAGCAGCCAAUUACUCUUACCAUCGAGACACUGAAUCGUUUAAGCUUGAGCUUGGGGAACCGGUGAGGCAUGUGCCCUGGUGUAGUGUGGAUCCAUACCCUUCACCAGAUAAAGAAGCAAGUGAGAGAUUGAAAUAUCCGUUGUUCUUCAAUGGCCCCAAGCCGUUUCAUUGUACUGUCAAGGCUGGCGAGAUUCUUUACCUGCCAAGCAUGUGGUUUCACCAUGUUAGUCAAACCCCUGGAGAUGGUGGCUAUACCAUUGCAGUGAACUAUUGGUAUGACAUGCAGUUCGACAUCAAGUACGCUUACUUCAACUUCUUGCAAUCUUUAUCAUACAAGUCUUGGAAUGAAGACGAAGAUUGGGAAUCCAGUGAUACAGAGGUAUGAAGAGAUGAAACAACCUUUGUUGCUGAGUUCACGUUUUAUCGGUCAUAGUAAAAACUAAAAAGUUCAGAGAAGAUCUUAACUUACAUUAUGAAAUUUUAGGACUACGGAGAUAUUGUCUGUAUGGUGUUUAUUUUGUUACUUGUCAUGUACAAUGCUUUCUCCACUAUUUCUUGAGUUUUAUCUCCCAGAAAUUAUAAAGAAUAAAAGAACCAUAAAAUGAUAGAAAAGCGUUUAAGAAUCUUGUGAAUUGUAUCUCUUUUAUUGAUGACUUCGCUUUUUCUCAGAUUGUUCCCUAAAUUAAUGGUGUAUUUCUGAAGCCAUCAUCUAUAUAAAAGCUCUUGUGGCUGUGUUUAGUUUGAUAUGGUCUUUAACUGAAAUCUGCUGAGGAAUUCAGAUAAAUCCUCUGGACCCAGCUCCAUGGUCAACUCCUUCUCAUGAGUCCCAAACAGAACUUUGAAACCGCAAAGCUUCAUGCCGAUCACAUUCCCCAAAAUCCAGAACCCAUAUUCAGAACUCAAACUCCCUGUUGCUGGGCUUCCAAUAUUUUAGGUUACUGGAUUGUCAUUCUCCACCCGGAACCGAAGAUCUAUACUCUUCUAUUGACCAGGAACCAACUGACACAUGUGAACGCUGUUUGGGCUUAUGUGCUGCAGUACAUAUUAUGAAAUUUGAUAUAACUGACCUCGGCCGCCAGAUAUUGUCAUCAUCAGCUGUAUUGCAAUGGAUGAUUACUAAUAUGCCACUUCUCUCUUUGUGCUAUGUUAAAUACCGUAAUGUGAUGUCUUCUCAAACAUGUGCCAUGAUCGCAGAUUUAACAUCAGGGAAGACAGUUCACUGCCUAUGCCACAAAUUGAGGUGUAUUUGACAAGAUUUUGUGUCUUUCUUGCACCUAUGUUGAUAAUGGGGAUAGAUUUUGGCCGCGAGUGCGUGUGAAUGCCAUAAAAACCGGGUUUGAAUCAAAUGGUUUAAUACAAAGUGGCUGGUUGAUAUGUAUGGGAAGUAUAGGUUGGUGAUAAAUGCAGAGAAGGUGUUCAGAGCUAAGAAAAGUUUUAACUGC